CAAGUAGUGGAGAUCUUUGGAAAUGUGAUUAGCCAAGCAAAUAGCAUUGUUUACAAAUGAGCAAUUACAUAUUUGUGUAAUAUUUGUAUGUUCUGUCAGGAACUAUUGCACGCUAUGAUAGCUCUUUGUUCGGAUAGUAACUGUAUACGGACUUACUGGACGUGUUCACUAAUACUAUGGUUUUAGAAUAUAUUGUCCAGUAUUUUGUGAUAAGAAAAUAAAUAGGUCAAGUUACAUAAUGUGUAUGUAGAUUAGUGUGUUGCAUGUUAUGCAACACCCCAUGGUGUGUGUGUAAAUUUUAGCUGUUUGGAUGACACUGUUGUUUGGUGCGAAAAAUGGAUGCUACACAAGUGACGGGAACGAAUUUUGGAUACUUGUGGGCCAUUUCAAGUGGUAUUUUAUUCACUGUGAUCAAUUCUUGGGUACUUAACUCUUUGAUUCCUAAAAGCGCGUCACACACUGCUCCUCAAAAGUGGAAAUGGAAGAACACGGCCAAUUCUCUAUUGCAUUCUGUUAUAAGCGGUGCGUGGUCAUGCAUGUGCUUCUGGCAGUCUCCUGAAAUGAGGCAGGACCUUAUAUCUAAAUACACAGCAUCUGCCCAUGGAGUGAUUUCCUUUUCCACUGGUUAUUUCGCGUAUGACCUGAUAGACAUGAUACUGCAUCACAGAAAAAGAAGUAGCUAUGAACUCAUGAUCCACCACAUCUUUGUGCUUCUAUGUUUUGGUCUAUCCGUGACAACACGAUUCUACCUGGGGUAUGGCCUGGUGGCUUUGUUAGUUGAAGUUAACAGCGUUUUCCUGCAUACAAGACAACUGAUGUUGAUACAAGGCAUUAAUAAACGUGAUUCCCUUUAUCGACUCAAUAGUACAUUGAACUUAGUGACGUUUAUAGUUUUCCGGAUAAUGACGUUGGGCUGGAUGACGAGAUGGUUGGUUCUCCAUCGAGAUGAACUCACUCUAACAGCUUUUUCAUUGGGCAGUAUAUCUAUGGCUGUCAUUAUGCUGAUGAACAUAAUACUUUUCUUGAGAGUGUUAAAUGCCGAUUAUCGACAAAGACCAGCCCGACAAACCAUUUUACAUGAAGAACCUGCAGACUGCAAAGGUCACACUAAAGUAAAAAGCUAAUUUAAUGCAGACCAGUUAUUCAUUUAUGUUGUGUAACUAUUUUUGUAAUGUAUGUAUUAAUGACAUAUUUUGUACUGCUGUGUAUUGCAUACUUCUUAAGGAAAAACUAAUAUGCCAAGAAUUGGACUGUUAUUGUACGAAACUGGAUAAUUAUUGCAAGAUGUUUCUGUCUAACUUAAGUAUUUUUAUAUGACUUUAUUUUUGUACCAAUGCUUAUAUAACUAUCAUUCCUAUUUAUAGAAUGACAUUUUGUUAUUUAAUUGUUGUUAUAAAGAUUGAAAUGAAGAGCAGAGACAAAAAUCAGAGUGUAAGUGGUAAUGGGAAUUUUAUAUGUAGUUCAUACACUAUCCAUUUUGUUCUAAACUACUUAAGUGGUAAAAUCAUGUAUCUAAAUGUUUGUGUUCAUAUUUUUGAUGUAAUGGUGUACCUAUACCAAUCUACUACCAAAGUUACAGAAUUUCUGUGUGUGUUCAUCAUUUAAUAAAGAGUAGGAUUGUUUAAUCAUACAGUGAGGGCUUUCACAGCCGAUAUUGGUGUCCUUGGUGAUUUUUGUUUAGUGGACGUUAGGCUGUGGUCCAAGACUUAUUUCUGUGUGUAAUGUUUUGUCUCCUAAUGCUGCUGACAUCACUGCUGGCUAUAAUGACAUGGAAAGCAGUUGCUAGCUCAACAAGCCAAACAUUAUCAGUUCACUGCCAAAGAUUACGGAGUCAUACUAAUGUAUAUUAUGGAGCUUGUAGUAGGGAAAAGUUGGGCCUGUUUGCUAUAUUUCACACUAAGAUCCAAUACUUGUCUAGUUUCAGUCCUUCUUCAUUUCUGUUAAAGUUUUUUUUUUCCUUGUGCUUUUGAACUUGUAUAGAAUAUUAGUGAUUGGAUCAUGAUAAAACCAAUUAUUAUUAUACUAGGAUGUACAGAGAGUCCACAGAAAUUCAAAAUCACAAAAUCAACAUUGGCAGCAAAGAAGGGUUAAAAUUGGCUUGAGUGCUAAAUAAAUCAAACAGGACUAACUCUUCAUCACUACUAGCUUCAUAACACACAUUGGUGUGUUCUUAGGUGUAUUGACUCACAAAAUGGCCAUUGCAUGGAUACGUAUAAAGAGUUCUGAGCUCAUAGCUGCUUUCUGAAUAGUUACAGCCUCUGAUGAUGUCUCCAUCAUCGAAAGAUGAAGUGCUAGGCAGAUAAAUAUGUCUCCAACAACAAAUUAAUCAAGUAGUAGUGUUUGUUACGUUUCUGUGAGUCAAAUUGUGUGCAGACUCACAGUAUUCCAAUUUAAGAUCAAGUAACUGGUGCUUUAGACCACUAGACAUACUAUUGCAAAUAUGUGUACAAGGACUAAUGUAAUUUCAGUUUGCAUUUGUGGUAAGGGCGUGUGAUACUUAAAUUCCAAAUAUUUUGUUACAAAAUUUUUGUUGGAAUUAUAAAUUACGGAACUACGUAAUUUAUGUGCUAAAAGGUACAUUUCUGCAAAUUAGAAGAUUCCUUGUUCAAUCAUCAUGGGUCCAGAAAAUGAAAGGUCUAGUUUUGUAAAGACAAUGACAGCAGUUCAUUCAGCAUGCUUUUACUGUUAUGAGGUAACACAUAGUUCCUCAUUGUGAUUACUACAUGCAGUGAAGGUAAUGAAAUGUAUGUAAAUUUCAUUUACAAUAUUAUUUCCAAAGCCCUCAUUACACAUGAGAUUUUUCUAUAGUGUUUCAUCUUUAUUUGUGUUGCAGAUUUUUAGAAACUCACCAUAGAGCGUAGACCAUUAGAAUUUUGUGCAUUAUAUCAACUAUGUACAAUAUACCAACUGUACUCACAGGCCACUAUAAAGUGAUUAUGGAAGAUAUUUUUUGUAUCACUGUUA